UAAUAUUGGCGGUUUUUUCAUAUGUUGUUUAUUUAUUUUAUUUUUAAUCCUUUAUUCACGUCAAAUAGAGAAAUAAUUAUUUUAUAAGGGAAUUCAGUGUGAUAAAAAAAUAUUAAGAAAAAGUGUACAGUUACUGCAGUAGUGUAUUUAAAUUAUUCAUCAUAACUAUACAGAGGAAAUUCCCCCAACAAUUUUUAAAUAAGCAAUUUUAAAAGAUAUUAUCAUGGGGGAUUUUCCAGACCCCGAUGAAGAAUAUGAACUUAUGUAUUCCGAUGAUCUUGAACUCAUUCGUGAGAUUGAUGAUGGCACAGAUUCAAAAAUAGUCAAAAAUAAGGUUUUGCCAGCGAAGAGAAGUCUAGAUUUCUCAAGUCCAGUACAAAAACCUCAAUUAAAUAAUAAACAAAAUAGUGUAAAUGAGUCAAUUUUAUCAGAAAGCUCUCAAUCUCCAUCAGAAAUCAUUAGCACAAUUCCAAGUAAGAGAACCGCUGAAGAUCUUUUUGGUGACAUCAAUGAUAUAGACUUUGAUGACUUAGGCUUACCGAGUAAAAGACAAAAGACUGAAGAAGAAAAUGAUUUAGAACUGAUCAACAAGAUUAUUGAGGGUCGAAAAAUGAGACAAAUGUUAUCCGAACCGAACAGAGCAUUAUUAGAAAAUAUGCCUUAUUAUAGUGCCAGUAAAAACUUGUCACUGAAAAUACCAAAGUGGGCCUUCAUGCCGUUUACAAAUUGGGAUGGAGAUAGGGUUUAUGUUCGCAUGGAGUCUGAGGAUAGCUGGGAAGACUCCCUAGAUCUUGCACCAGAUCAGAUCUCUUUGAAGUCUAUGUUCACACCAGUUUGGGAGGAGGCUCGGAAAAUAUUGGAAGCCAAGCGAAAUAGAAUUGAAAAUGAUUCAGUUCAAGAAAUCACAGAUGAUAAACAGGACUUCACCGAUCUUUGGGUUGAGAAGUACAAACCUAAGUCCUACAUUGAUUUGCUAUCGGAAGAACCUGUGAACAGGUGUCUGUUACACUGGCUUCAUUUGUGGGAUAAGAUAGUUUUCAACAAAGAUCUCAAAAGCGUCGAGCCGCAACAACGUAAUUCAUUCAGCAAACGAACUGGGCAAUUCCAAUUGAGCAACAAGUGGCGUAACAAGAAGGAUGAACCGGAAAUGGAUGAAGAUGGGAGACCGCAUCAUAAAGUGGCACUCGUGUGUGGACCCCCAGGUGUUGGCAAAACCACAUUGGCGCAUCUAUUGGCUAGACUAGCUGGUUACAGACCGGUGGAAUUGAAUGCGUCAGACGAGAGGAGUACGGAUCAGUUUAAAAACGCAUUACAGAGCGCAACACUCAUGAGAUCUGUUUUGGAUGCUGAGAAACGACCUAACUGCCUGAUAUUGGAUGAAAUAGACGGAGCUCCUAUCCAGACAGUAGAGUUACUUGUGAGGUGGUGUACGGCUAAGAGGGAUGAGGGGAAGAAGAAAAGCAGGGUCCAUGUGUUGAAGAGGCCUGUUAUAGCUAUCUGUAAUGACUUAUAUGCAACAUCUCUAAGGCCUUUGAGGCCAAUAUCCCUGAUAGUGACUGUGGGUGCCGUGUGUUCAACACGUCUAAGCUCGCGUCUCAAUCUGGUGGCCAAGUGUGAGCGUGUUCAUGUUGCUGCGAGGGCUUUGACAGCGUUAGCGGCACGAGCCAGAGGUGAUGUACGGUCAGCGCUGCACGCUCUAAGCUUCUUAAGGGCUGGAGGCAGGAACGGGGACCAGAUUAAGGUAGAAGAUGUAGAGAAUAUAGCCAUUGGUACCAAAGACAACUCUCAGAGUGUGAUGCAAGCUCUACAAACAGUAUUCACUCUCAACAAUAAUGAUCAUGAGGCGGUGUUGAAGGUUAUCCAGGCCGCUGGGGAAUAUGAGAGAAUAGCCGACGGCAUUUUUGAGAACUACCCCUGCUCCCGUUCAGAUUCAAGACUUCUGGUUUCGUGCGCCAUCAGCGAACUGCUGGCUUUGUUCGACAUAACCAGCAGCUGGAUCCUCCGUACUUCCAACUACAGUAUGUACGGAGUACUGCCAUCUCUGCUGGCCAGGUGUCACGGUAUUCUGGCCACCCGUCAACCACCAAGAGUGAAAUUUCCACUUACUUCACAGGAGAUGUCCCGUAAGAAGACGGAGUUGGACAGCAUCCUGUGGUCCAUAUGGCGUGGGUCAAGUGUUUACAACACGAAGAAAUCUCUCAAGCUAGAUAUCGUUCCACUUCUCCCAUAUAUCUUAUCUCCCAUGCUCAGAUCAGCUAAUAUACAGUUAUGCUCUGAUAGCGAGCGGAAGUCGGUGUUGUCGUGUGCUGGAGCUAUGUGUGAUUACGGACUAACGUACAUACAGCGACGGGAACAGGCUGGCUACGAACACGUUAUAGAGCCCGACCUUUAUAGGCUGGCUUUGUUCGGUCCAGAAGACAGAAUGCGUCCUUCACCAGCCGUUCGCCAAGCUAUAGCAGCACAACAACAGUUAGAAGUCAUCCGACGGAAUGAAGAUAUGAUGAACAGAACUUCCGGAAGAACAGAAGAGAAGUGUGAAAGGAGAGCUCCAAAGAAAGAAGUUUCAGUGGUUGGAGUGAAAGAGUCCAGAUUACCAAAUCACUUGCAGCGGUUGCAGCCCAAAGCUAUUGAACGUGCCUUACCUCAGGUACAGAAGGACUUCUUCGGCAGGAUCGUGCAGGUAGCUGAGGUACAGAAACAGGACGGUGUCUCGGAUGUGAUCACAUCAGCUGUCUUCUAUCAGUACCGAGAGGGGUUCAACAAUGCCGUGCGACGGAACGUCCGCGUGAGGGACCUGAUGUGACCGUCACAUAUUUCAAACUUAAAAUAUAAAUCUUAAUUCUGUAUAUUCUCGGCAUAAAUGUAUUUUUAAUAAAUAAAUAAAUUAUCUGU